UGUCAGUGCGCGCCGCUCCAGGAGCAGACCCGGGUGGACGGGCCCAUGGCCUCCGCCGGCGUGGGCGCUGCGCGAGCGGCCGAGGACGCGCUACCGCCGGCCGCCGAGCCGCCGCUGCCCGAGCCCAAGCCGCUGCCGCCUGCCCAGGCGCCGCCGCCCGUGGCCGCGCCCCAGCCACAGCCGGCGCCCCAGCCGCGCCCGCAGUCCCCCGCCGGCAUGAAGGAGGAGGAGAAUUACUCCUUUUUGCCUUUGGUGCACAACAUCAUCAAAUGCAUGGACAAGGACAGCCCAGACGUGCACCAGGACCUGAAUGCCCUCAAAGCCAAGUUCCAGGAGAUGCGCAAGCUCAUCAGCACCAUGCCGGGCACCCACCUGAGCCCUGAGCAGCAGCAACAGCAGCUGCACAGCCUGCGGGAGCAAGUGAGGACCAAGAAUGAGCUGCUGCACAAAUACAAGAGCCUCUGCAUGUUCGAGAUCCCCAAGGAGUAGCUGCAGAGGCGCCACCUGCUGAGUCGGGGCU